GUUGGGUCUGCUCUUUCCCUGUCAGGACGCUAUCGUGCUUUUUGUUCCGCACCAGGAGGGUUCGGGCCAGGGGCUUUUUCGCCUUUGUUUCCCACCUUAGUUUCUCCGCCUAUGGGCCCUAAAAGAUACUGCUGCUACCGCGGAACUAUACAGUUCUUGUCUCAGCUCUAGGAUGUACGUUCCGUCACUAGAAGCUCUUCUGAGGGACAGAGGCAAUUAAAAAACAGUGGAAUGGAAAGAAAGUGCUGUAGUCGUCCUAUGUUAUGCUCCUUGUCAACAAUGUACACAUUCCUGCUGGGUGCCAUAUUCAUUGCUUUAAGCUCAAGUCGCAUCUUACUGGUAAAAUAUUCUGCCAAUGAAGAGAACAAGUAUGAUUAUCUUCCAACUACUGUGAAUGUGUGCUCAGAACUGGUGAAGCUCGUUUUCUGUGUGCUUGUGUCAUUCUGUGUUAUAAAGAAAGAUGAUCAAAGUAGAAAUUUGAAAUGUGCUUCCUGGAAGGAAUUCUGUAAUUUUAUGAAGUGGUCCAUUCCUGCCUUUCUUUAUUUCCUGGAUAACUUGAUUGUCUUCUAUGUCCUAUCCUAUCUUCAGCCUGCCAUGGCUGUUAUCUUCUCAAAUUUUAGCAUUAUAACAACAGCUCUUCUAUUCAGGAUAGUGCUGAAGCGGCAUCUAAACUGGAUACAAUGGGCUAGCCUCCUGAUUCUAUUUUUGUCUAUUGUGGCCUUGACUGCUGGGACUAAAACUUCACAACAUAACCUGGCAGGUCAUGGAUUUCAUCAUGAUGCCUUCUUCAGCCCAUCCAAUUCCUGCCUUCUUUUCAGAAAUGAGUGUCCCAGAAAAGACAAUUGCACGGCAAAGGAGUGGACUUUUCCUGAAGCUAAGUGGAACACCACAGCCAGGGUUUUCACUCAUAUUCGCCUUGGUUUGGGCCAUGUUCUUAUUAUAGUCCAGUGUUUUAUUUCUUCAAUGGCCAAUAUCUAUAAUGAAAAGAUAUUGAAGGAAGGGAACCAGCUCACUGAAAGCAUCUUCAUACAGAACAGCAAACUCUAUUUCUUUGGCAUUCUUUUUAAUGGGCUGACCCUGGGCCUUCAGAGGAGUAACCGUGAUCAGAUUAAGAACUGUGGAUUUUUUUACGGCCACAAUGCAUUUUCAGUAGCCCUUAUUUUUGUAACUGCAUUUCAGGGCCUUUCAGUGGCUUUCAUUCUGAAGUUCCUGGAUAACAUGUUCCAUGUCUUGAUGGCCCAAAUCACCACUGUCAUCAUCACAACAGUGUCUGUCCUGGUCUUUGACUUCAGGCCCUCUCUGGAAUUUUUCUUGGAAGCUCCAUCAGUCCUCCUCUCUAUAUUUAUUUAUAAUGCCAGCAAGCCUCAAGGUCUGGAAUAUGCACCUAGGCAAGAAAGGAUCCGAGAUCUAAGUGGCAUUCUUUGGGAGCGUUCCAGUGGGGAUGGAGAAGAACUGGAAAGACUUACCAAACCCAAGAGUGAUGAGUCAGAUGAAGAUACUUUCUAGUUGGUACCCACAUAGUUGGCAGCUCUCACAAACCUUAUUUUCACAUUUUCAGCAUUUGUAAUAUUUAUCUUUUCACUUUGAUAAGCCAGAAAUGUUUCUAAA